CGGAAGAAUAAUAUUCACCGGUGACUGUUGAGCAAGACAAGCCCCUCUGUCCUCCCUCGGGUAAACAGUUACGUACCGGGACCACCAGCGUUACUGUCACAGCCUGGCAGUGUAUUGAAAGUCUGCGUGUCUGAGAUGAGUUGUUGUUUAACUGUUUACAGUAUGACGGAGAGAAGAUACUCGUAGUAGGCUCGGUUAACGAAGAAAUCAAUACAUCACACAGCCGAAGGGAAAGGAGUUGCCUUUUGCGAUCUGUGUUUUUCUUUUUUCUUUUUCACUUUUAACACGAAAAUACACGUUGAUUUGAAAUUCUUACAGAAAGAUACGCAUAUGGAUUUGCUUCGCUUUAUUAUUUUCGUGACUCAAAUCUAAAAACAAUUUGCAAAGAAGAGAACAGACGACAGUUUAUAAUAUCUUUCAUUACACAAAUAGGAAGAAUGAAUACCAGCGAUGCCAAGGAAUACCUCACACGAAGAGAGAUCCCUCAGCUGUUUGAGAGCCUGCUGACUGGAUUAAUGUACUACAGACCCGAUGACCCAGUUGACUAUAUGGAAAGCUGUCUGAAGAAGGUGAGGGACCUCGGAGGAACAGAGAAGGUGAGAUGGGACACAUUCGUCAGCCAGGAGAAAAAAUCAUUAGCUCCACUCAAUGGAGGACAAUCCAGGAGAUCUUUCUUCAGAAAUGUGUUGCCAGAUAGCUCUAAUUUUCCUUACCGGAGAUAUGAUCGGUUGCCUCCAAUCCAUCAGUUCUCUAUUGAGAGUGACUCCGACCUGUCUGAGACUGCCGAGCUGAUUGAGGAAUAUGAAGUGUUUGACCCAACGAGACCACGUCCCAAGAUAAUCCUUGUUAUUGGUGGGCCAGGCAGUGGCAAGGGGACCCAGAGCCUAAAGAUUGCAGAGCGCUAUGGGUUUGAAUAUAUUUCUGUCGGGGAGCUUCUGAGAAACAAGAUGAUCCACAAUGCCACCAGCAACAGGAAAUGGAGCUUAAUUGCAAAAAUAAUUACAAACGGAGAAUUAGCACCACAGGAAACAACUAUUACAGAGAUAAAACAGAAACUGAUGCAGAUUCCUGAUGCCCCCGGGAUUAUUAUUGAUGGAUUUCCUAGAGAUGUUGCCCAAGCACUAUCUUUUGAAGACCAGAUCUGCACCCCGGACCUGGUGGUGUUCCUGGCCUGCGUCAAUAACCGUCUGAAGGAGCGACUGGAGAGGAGGGCGGAGCAGCAGGGGAGGCCUGAUGACAACCCCAAAGCCACUGAACGCCGCCUGGCCAACUUCAAGCAGAACACCAUCCCUCUGGUGAAGUACUUCCAGGAAAAGGGCCUGAUUGUCACGCUGGAUGCUGACAGAGACGAAGAGGAAGUAUUCUAUGAUAUAAGCGUAACUGUUGACAACAAGCUGUUUCCUACCAAAGAACCUGUGGCAGGCCCCAGUGAGCUUGACCUGAGUUUGCUUGUAGAUUCUGCAGACAUGGGCUCAGACUUUGAAGAACAGGCUGAAGACCAGACAACAAUAUAUGGAGAUUUUAACCUGGAAGAGGAACUGAAGAAAUUAAAGAUAAUCUUUGUGCUUGGUGGGCCUGGCUCUGGGAAAGGAACGCAGUGUGAAAAGAUAGAGGAGAAGUACGGUUUCACUCGCCUUUCCACCGGAGAUCUCCUCCGCACUGAGCUGCUCUCAGACACGGAGAGGAGCAGAUUCAUCAAAGACAUCCUGGAGCGUGGAGAGCUUGUACCCAUGGAGAUAUUGCUGGAGCUGGUGAAAGAAGCCAUGGCUGCCAAUUUGGACGGCACGAAGGGGUUUCUGAUUGAUGGUUUCCCGCGAGAUGUGAGACAGGGAGAAGAAUUCGAACUGAAGAUAGCAGAGCCAAGCCUGGUGCUUUUUAUGGACUGUUCCACAGAGACAAUGACUAAGCGCCUGCACCGGAGGUACCAAGCCAGCCCAAGCAAUGACAGCUGCAGGGACACCAUCCGCAAGAGGGUGGACACCUUCCGCCAAACUACAGGGACCGUUGUGACCCACUAUGAGAGCAGGAAACUGUCACACACGAUAAAUGCAGAAAAAACUCCUGCUGAAGUCUUCCUGCAGGUGUGUACAGCGAUAAAUUCAGUUUUCUGAGGCAGCCCGGGGAUCACACCAUCCCUUCCAUGAACAGUGUUUUCAAGCCGCUCUGGGUUCACAUGCACCCCACAAGUCACAGCAGCUCUCCUCAACAUUGUAUCAGUAGAAGCCUGGGACAACUUUUGGCAGUAAUGCAUGUUGAGUUCACAUCUUGGAAACUGUUGAUAAAUGUUCUAACAAUGACUAAAAAAAAAAAAAAAAAGUAUUACACCAUUGUGUUGCAAAA